UGACGCCCCAUCAGUAUGCAAACGACGACGUGCCCGUUCUCAACGGUCGGCCGCCGCUCGCGAUCGGAGGGCCGCGCUCUCCCAUUGGCGGACGCGCGCGGUCGGGGCCUCCGAUUGGCCGCCGGGGCGCGGGCGGAGCGCUCGGAUUGGUUCGCCCGCCGGCGGCGGUGCGCGGCCUCCCCGCGCGGGGUGCCCCCCGGCGCGGGAGGACCGGCGGCGGCCUUGACGGCACUCGCUGCUGUGCUGCGGGCGCGCGCGUCACGCUGGCCGCGCGUUCUGUUUGUCUCUCGUCGGAUGUGGGCCCGGCCCAGCCGGCGGAUACCGCCGCGACGUCGACGUGCCACCGGGCCGCCGUGAGGAGGAGGCUCGCGCAGGAUUCACCGCGCUGGUCGCCGGCAUGCGAGCUGCUGCGCUCCUACUGCUGCAGGUCACCGGAGUGCGAUGAAAGAGGCCAGUGAGGCCGAGGAAUGUCGCAGCAACGGCGGCAGCCCCGGCAGCGCGGCGAGCACCACGAGCGGCGGCGGCAACGGCGCGGCGGGCUCUUCCUCGGCGCCGUCGAGCGCCGGCGGCAUCGGCGGCGGAGGCUCGCGCAGCCCGCCGCUCCCGGGCGCCGCAUCCUCGACGACGGGAGAGCUGGCCUUCCUCUCGAACCUGCUGGGACGACGCGAGGCGCCGCGCGACAAGGUCUUCACGUGCACUGUCUGUAGGCGAUGCUUCGGCUACAAGCAUGUGCUGCAGAACCACGAGCGCACGCACACGGGAGAGAAGCCGUUCGAGUGCCGCGAGUGCCACAAGCGCUUCACGCGCGACCACCACCUGAAGACGCACAUGCGGCUGCACACGGGCGAGAAGCCGUACCACUGCACGCACUGCGACCGCCAGUUCGUGCAGGUGGCCAACCUGCGCCGACACUUGCGGGUGCACACGGGAGAGCGGCCGUACGCCUGCGAGCUGUGCGACUCCAAGUUCUCCGACUCGAACCAGCUCAAGGCGCACAUGCUCAUCCACAAGGGCGAGAAGCCGUUCGAGUGCCAGCUCUGCUUGGGCCGCUUCAGGCGCCGCCACCACCUCAUGCACCACAAGUGCCCCAAGGACGAGGCGAACGCCGGCAAGCCGCGCCGCGGCCGGAGACCCCGCGCCUACGAGGUGGCCGUCUCGCCGCCUUCCUCCCUGGCCGCGACGGCCGCGGUACCCGUCAACAACAGCCUGGCCGCUGCCGCCGCGCUCUCGCCCACCGCCGCGGCCGCCGCCGUGAUCCCGCCCGCGGCCCACUCGGUCAUCGGGGGACCUCCCGGCGAGCCGCCCAAGAGCCGGCGGAAGCCGCGCCACACGAUCCGCAUCCUGACGCCACAGCAGCGCGACCUGUUCCUCGAGACGGAGCAGACCGAGCCGCUGGACAUGUCCAUGUCGCCAACGCCGCUGCUGCUGCCGUCGACGCCGUACCGCUACCCGACGCCCGGCGUGCUCGACCUGUCCAGCUCGCGGUCCGACUCCGAGGCUCCCGAAGACGAGGAGGACGGCGAAGAGGACAUCAUGGAGGAACCCGAAGAAGAGGAGCAAGACCUGCGCAUCAACCACGACCACCGACACAAGGAGCUGCUCGCCGAGCGGCUGCAGGGCGUUGUCGACCACCACCGACUCGCGGCCGUGGACCACCGGCUCACGGCGGUCGACCACCGGCUGGGCGUCGGCAUCGACCACCGGCUUGCCGUCGACCACCACCGGCUGGGGGAGCGGCUCGAGGACCGGCUGGCCGCGGGCUUCCAGCUCGACCUGGUGCGGCGCCGGGGCCUUGCCCACGGGCUGGCGCUGCCGCACGUGCUCCCGCCCGUCCUGACACGAGGCCUGUCCAGCUCGCCGGACCACGACGGUGACAACACGAGCAACGGAUCCUUCGCCCUGGCCGCCUCGUCCUAGCCCGAUGCUGCGGCCCCUUCCUCUCCGGCGGAGCAGAGGAAGUAUCUUUGCACUUCCUCGCACGGACUCCCAUGUCGGCGUCUCCCGUUGUUAAACCCUCCCCCCAGUUCCCCUGCCUCGUUGUUCCCCGAGGCCGCCUGUCCAGUGCGGGGCGCGCCGACCGUCGUUGUGCUCCACUGUAUAAGCGGGGAGACCCGCGUGCGUGUGUUGUAACGGACUUGUGCGGACACCAUUUGCCGCUCGACGAUUGUAGCGAGUGUGAGUGUGCCUGCCAACGGGUAUCGAGCGAGGUUUAAAAAGAGGAAAUCAAACGUUUUUUGACGGUUGAAUAUCAAAAAAAGUGGCGCGCUCUUUAUUUUCCUUGUAUGUAUUUUGCGAAGGUGUUUGUGAACGUAUAGAAUAUUAUACAUACAUAAAUAUAUUAUAUAAAUAUAUAUACAUAGACAGAGAUAUUUGCAGUGUGCAUAUUGUAAAGAAAGAUGGAGAGAGUUAAGUGACGUAUAGGGAAGCAGCACACGGCAGCACGGCUCCGUUUCCACGCCCUUUGCGUGCCCACCUGUGUGGUACAUAGACGCGCACGCCCAUCAAAAAGAAAGGCUUCUUUCUCUCCGUUCAGGCGCUUCCCGCUCCUUGAGCAACACGGCGCGCGGAUCGAGCGAUUCUCCCAGCGCGCUCUCCCGUUUCCUUUAUAUUAUCGGAAAAAAAAAAAAGAAAACGCUCCCGCCUGUGUGUGUACGUCUGUCUCUGCGAUACAUCAAAACCGCAAAACCUGUUCUUCAAAGCGUUCGCUACUCGUCCCAAAGGAUCCAGAAUCAAAGGCUUUUGCGAAAUAUCAAAAAUAAGGAAAAGAAAGCUAAGGACACGCGAAGGCCAUGCCACACCAAGCGCGUUGUCCACGGUGAAUACGGGUAUACAUAAACCACGCCGCUCGCCAUAUUGUACCGAGUGUAUAAUAGCAUAUACGUUUGGCGCGGCGGCGUGGCAUCGUUAUAACGUGACGUUUGAGAGCGACCUUUCUAUAUAUAUAUGCGGGAAUGCGGGCAACGCGUAUAGGUGGGUGUGUUCGGUACAAGCGUUCGGCGUCGCGCGCUUGCGCGCGUGUGGGAGCGUGUUACGAUGAGAGGCGGCCUGUAGGCGGCUCGUGCAAUGAAGUGCGGCGCUCUGCUCGCCGCUUUCAGCUCCGUAUGAUCUCUCCGUUGGUUCGCCGGCGAAGCGCGUGGGACGCGCCCUCGUGGCUGUGUGAAUGAAAUGCCCCAUCCCAUCAUGCCCUACACAGUUCGGCAGCCGUUUCUUGCUCAU